AUGACGCGUACAAAUAAUAAUUCUGAAUAUUCAUCAUCUCGUCGAUCAUCUUCAUCAUCAUCUAGUAUACCUCAAUUAUCUUCAACUGAAGCUAAAGAUAUAAUUAGUCAAAAUGAAUUAAAAAUUCAAAGACUCCUACUGGAAUUACAAGAUGAUCUGAAAAAAACAAAAGAAUGUUAUAAUACUAGUCGCGAUGCAUGGGUUUCUAUUCAACAACAAAAAUCACCAACAUCAUCAAAUGAAAAUACAAAUUCUCAGUCAUCAAAAAAUAAUUUAACCGAAGCACUAACUAACGUUCACAAUGAAAUAGACAUGUAUCGAACAGCUUUAGAGAAAAUUGCACAAGUUCGACAAUUACAAAUUGAAAUUGCAAAUGCUUCAAAAAAUCAUAAUGAUGCUAGUCGCAGUCAUACAACACGACGAGGUUUAGCUGAUCUUCUUUCACAUAUGGCUUAUGCUUUAAAAAUUUGGUAUGGAAAUGAUGAUAAUGAUAAUGAUACAAAUAAAGGUGAUGUUUCACCACCACCACUUUGUGGUGCCAUACCUGCUGCAUCAAAUCAUGUAUGUCAUGUUGGUGAUCGUAUAGCAGGUUUUGUUGAAAGUGAUGAUGGUGAUGAAAAUUGGAUAUUAGCUGAAGUAGCUAAUGUACAUCCAAAUAAAACAAAAUAUGAUAUUGUUGAUAUUGAUGCUGAACCAGAUAAAGGACAUUAUUAUAAUAUAAGUAAACGACAUAUUAUACCGUUACCACAAUGGCGUGCUUGCCCAUUGACGUGUCCACAAGCAUUAUUUCCACCACGUACUAUUGUACUUGCACUUUAUCCUCAAACAUCAUGUUUUUAUAAAGGUGUUGUUGAAAGUAUACCACGAGUUGGUAAAGAUUGUUAUAGUAUUAUAUUUGAAGAUUCAUCUUAUAAUAGUGGUUAUUCACCAGAGUUUGAUGUUCCACAAAUGUUUGUCGUUGCCUAUAAAGAUGUGAAAAAAUGA